AUGGCGCCCGCUUGGCAAGACGUUGCGGACGACAAGCGCCGCCAGCGAUAUUCGACCUAUCCCGCCGAAUGGUUACUUUCGCAGGAAUACCUCGACGCCUUGCCCGAGGAUCACAAUGCCGUCAAAAGUAUGUCCGAUUUGGAUAUGUGGACCAGCCUUGAACUAGAGUACUUCAAGGCGGACGGAACAGCUUUGGUCGAGCGGAUUGCACGACGGGACGAAGGAUACACGGCGAUGGAGGUGACCAAGGCGUAUUGCAGACGAGCUUGUAUAGCUGAUCAACUGCUGAACUGCAUCUCCGAACCGCUUUUCGAAAGAGCCAUGACUCGCGCCAAGGUUCUGGACGACUAUAUGGAAAAGCAUGGCAAGCCCAUUGGACCGCUGCACGGCUUGCCGAUGUCAUUCAAGGAUCAAUUCAACAUUGAAGGCAUCGUCACCUCGCUGGCAUACGUUGGACGGGCUGGGCGCGUGGCCGAAUACACCUCCCCGAUCGUUACGAUUCUCGAGAACGCCGGAGCCAUCAUCGUUGCCAAGACAACGGUUCCGGUAUCGAUGAUGAUAUGGGAGACAAAAAGCAACCUAUUUGGGACCACAAAAAACCCGCACAAUCGUUCUCUGACACCAAGUGGUUCGUCUGGAGGAGAAGGCGCCAUAGUCGCUUUCGGUGGGAGUGCCGUAGGAUUAGGGUCCGACAUCGGCGGCAGUAUCCGCACUCCAGCUUUUUGCUGCGGUCUAUACGGAUUGAGGCCUUCACAUGGAAGGACGCCCGAUUUGGAUGUCGAGACUACUCUGCCCGGACUGGAGGCGAUACGCUCGACCAUUGGACCACUGGCGCGUUCCGCCCGCGAUCUAGAUCUCGUCUUCCGCACGAUCAUCGACGCUUCACCUUGGAAACACGAUCCCGUUUGCUUACCGAUUGCAUACAAGCCAGCUGUCUUGCCGAGUAAGAUGAGCUUUGCCUGGUCCAUGGGCGACUCUGUCCUUUCACCUUCCCCUCCUGUUGCUCGCGCCAUGAAUCGCGUUCGACGGGCAUUAGAGAAUCUCGGUCACGAAGUCGUCGAGUGGACUUAUCCCGAGCCUCGCGAGCUGGAAACGCUAUUCGAUGAGCUUGUUCAUAUCGCUGGGGACCGAGGAGCAGGAGUCGCAGAGGAACUCGCAAGAGGAAAUGAACCAUGGAUCGAAUCGAUCCGCGAGGUGGUGUGCCCCGAUGCAGCAUUACCCAGGACAUCUUCCUGGUACGCGUUAAUGGUUCGGCAGUAUCGGCGUCAACAGUACCAGAUCCGUUACUUCCGGCAGUGGCAAAAGUCUUCCGAGAUCACCGCAACGGGACGACCUUUCGACGCAUUGAUCCAGCCCAUCCUGACCGAACCAGCCUGGAAGUUCGGUAAUGACUUCCCAUACUCAUACACAGUACUUGCCUCAAUUCUUGAUCUCAGCUCCGCGGCGUUUCCAGUGCCCCUCGUUGAAGGGCAAGAUGAGCUGCCUGGUUGGGAACCACUGAUGAGCCAAAUCGAUGGGAUUCUAGUGUUCAACCAUGGUCUCAAGCGCAAGAACGAUAUUCCGGUUGGCCUACAGAUUAUCGCGGGAAGGCUGGAGGACGAGAAGGUACUGGCGAUGACCAGCUUCAUCCAAGCCGCGCUCGAGAGUCUGUCGGCUGCUGAGAUCAAGGAUACGUAG